CACAACACAAAGGUGCCGACUGAGGGCUGAUGGGACAAGAAAUGCUUUUACUGGCUGCGUGUAAGAAGUCUUAGCGAUGAUAGAGCACUUUGUUUGUAACCUGCUCAGUGAUUGUGAUGCCGUGCAGCCGGUGGGGAUCUGCUCUGGCUGGCACACCUGCAAUCAAGCACGCAAGACGAGACACUUUGAUAGUGGCUGCAGGCAGAAACAGAGGGCCUGACAAUAGUGCAGAUCAUGCAAGUCAUUGUCUGAACAGCAUCCUGAGAAACGUAACCUGCGUGUUGCUGACAACGCUGGAAGACUGUGGGAGGAGCUUUAUUGCUUUGUCAUAUUUAACCAUGAUACACAUGCUGAUUUCUCCAAAGACCCAACUCUUCUGUGCAUGACAUCUUUUUUCCUUAUUACUGGAUAUAGAAUCAUGCUGGCCUUCAAGGUUUGUGCAGUAUGUUGUCUUCUGGUAUCAGACCUGCACUUACCCACUACAGCGUUAGAAACCUGCAAGACGGCGUGGUUCGAUGAAGGAGACGUGUCUGAGCAUGGAGACUCGGAGCUCUUGACUGACUUGAGAAGAAAGCACUUGACUGGGAUCUGCUCUAACCCAGUGGAUUUGGAGGUUCAGACCGUUUCUGGGAUCAAAUCGCAGCACAGUGGGAAUUCCUUCCACACAUACAGUGUAUCAGAGGGUCUUUUAUGCCUCCACUCAGAACAGAAACUGAUGCAGUGUGAUGAUUACAAAGUCAAGUUCACUUGCACAGGACAGUUCUGCUCUGAGUGCAGGACAGACUGGUUCGAUCACGACGACCCAACUGGAAACGGAGACUACGAGGUCCUCAGUGACCUCUUGAGCAUAUACCCGAGAGAGAUCUGCCCCCAGCCAAUUGCAAUAGAGGUCCAGACCAUCUAUGGAGAACCUGCAUACAACACCUCUGAUCAUUUCUUAUAUUAUGAUGCCACCUACGGGUUUGCCUGUGUAAACGCAGAACAGAAAGGAAGGCGUUGUAGGGAUUACAAAGUGAGGUUUACGUGUCCCAAAGAGUUCUGUCAAGUGUCAGAGCAGUGUCGGACUCAGUGGAUGAACAGCGGUAACUCGUCGGGUGAGGGUGACGUGGAGUCCAUACAUCAACUGCUGAAGACAUUUCCUGGUCAAGUCUGUGGAAACCCCACCGGCAUCGAGGCCAGGACAACUAGUGGAAUAUCCGCCAGAUACACAGGAGAUAUUUUUCUCUCGUAUGAUGUAACCUUUGGAUUUGCAUGCAUCAAUGAAAAGCAAAAGAGUAAACAAUGUGAGGAUUACCAAGUGAGCCUGACCUGCCCUUCAGAUUUCUGCCAGGGUUGUAGGACACGUUGGUUUGACGUGGACGAUCCCACGGGCCGGGGGGAUUAUGAGACGCUCCUCCAGCUACAGGUGCUAUACCCCAGUCAGGUCUGCUCCCAGCCUGUGGCCAUCGAAGCCAUGAGUGUGUCUGGGGUGCCUGCGCACAAGACGGGGGACAUCUUUCAAAUGUGAGCUGACAUAAAGCACCUUCAAGAGGCAUUUGAAUAGUGUGUGUGCUGUGACAUGUAAAAAUGAGACUAAACAUUCAGUGGAAAAAUGAAAAAUGAUAUCAAAUGUACCAAAAACAGUGAGUAACAGUAAACUAACAUCAGCUGGGAGCUACAUUAAUUUACCACAUAGUUACAUGAUCCACAGUCAAAAGCAAAGUUUGUCACAAAUUUGAACGACUGUAGCCUUCAGACUUAAGUAAAGUUAAUUUUGUCACAUUAUUGUCACGAUGUUGUGUUAUUUUACAGUAAACUCUGUUGUCAGAAGUUCACUUCAAUAUGAGUAAAGACUCAUGUCUGAAAAUUC